CGAAAGAAAAAAAAAAAACCUGCUGUAAUGAGUAGCAGAAUGGCGUGGUGUUGUUUACCGUUUUUAGUGUCUCAGCACAGCUGAUCGCGCUCGGAUGCACUUGUACGCGAUGCUAGGUUGAUACAGUCGACGAUGCCGUGGUUUGCCUGGUCGGACGGCAUCAAGAAACGUGCCUGCCGCUACCUGCUUCAGCGGUACGGGGGCCAGUUUCUCCAAGAAAAGCUCACCCUCGACCAGCUCUCGGUGGACCUGUACAAUGGCAAGGGCCGAAUCACCGACGUCUGGCUGGAUGUCAAGGGCCUCAACGAGCUGGGUGAAAAGUUCAACCUGCCUGUCCGGUUUGUGGAGGGCUUCAUCACGUCCAUCGAGGUGGCCAUCCCAUGGUCCAAGCCACUCACAGACAACAGCGUCGUUGAGGUCGACGGCCUCAUGCUCACCGUACAGCCCAAAGAAAGAAUUGACGACUCUUCCAUGUUUGAGCCCAUGUGGGGCAGCAUGAUGUCAAGUAUGCAACUGGCGGAGGAGUACCUCAAGCAGGAGCCUCUUGAUGCCGAGAAGGAGGCACCCGCGGCCGCCGAACCCUUCACGGGCCUUGAGCAGUUUGCUCAAGCCAUCGAGACUGUUUUUUGCAGGAUAAAAGUGAGGCUGACCAACACCAUUGUCCGGGUGGAGCACCUUCCGAACUGGCCUUCGAAACAGGGAAUCGCGCUAGAGCUGCGCAUAGCAAACAUGGACUACUUCGACGAAGAGUCGGCUGAGGUUGGUGAGAUUGCUGGCGAGAGGAUAGCCCAGCGGGUUCGGGAACGCUUCUCAGUCUCGACCAAGAGGAUAAUUCUCAACGGAACGAGCUUCUACACGGAUGAGUUCUUGCUAGGAAAUAGAACGGCCGAAGUGCCAACCAAGUUGCCUGCCGAAAACGACGAACCCCAGGAGAUGAUGACAAGCUACGCUGGGGCUUCACCGCCAUUAGCACCACCCCACCAAGAAGUUCCUCCCGAACCUGCCGUGGAGCCCAUCCCAGUGUGUCGACUCUCGGGACAGCAGGAGAUCAGGAUACAGCUCAAGCAGGACGAAUCUCUUGAGGGAUCUGGGGUCGACAUGGAGUUCAGUCUGGGUCAACUCGCAUUUUUCCUGCGCCCUAGGCAGGUCCACUUGCUCCUCCAGUUGGCCAGGGGAUUCACGACCCCCACCUCUGCAAACGACAGCCUCUCUGGAGGGCUAAAGGGCCGGCAGAACAAGUGUACGCCGAUGGAGCCUCACCACUACACGAUAGUCGAGCAAGACCUGCAGCAGCAGCUGCUCAACCGGAAACCCCGACCAUCACGAUCCUUGGGGAUGAACAUGGGCUGGUCCACCAGCUCAUCCGCCUGCCUCUCGGAAACCGAGGACGAGUAUGUGCCGAUGACGAAUCAGCGUGCCUUCUAUGAGAGUGGCAGUCUCGCCUCCUCGGACAUGGAGUCCUCUGUCACCAGUAGCACCCACAGUGCCUACUCAAAGCCGAGAAAGAGGUCGAAAGGAAAAAGGCGGUCGUCUCAAGGGUACCUGGACGACAUACUCAUGGAGGCCACACACUUUCGGCUGCACUGCAGUGCCGUGUGCGUCGUGAUCCUCCACGAUGACUGUUGCCGGUGUCGCGAACUGCAACCGGCGCCGGGUCCCCAAUCCGGCGGCGGCGUCGGCCUGUCGCCCAAGACGGUGGCCAUGAUGCACGCGCAGGCCGAGACAUUCUUCCGGGCCCUCGCGGGACAGAACCUGCGGGACCUGAAGGCUGUUCACAGCCUCCUGCCCAAGAUCUGUCGGUCGGAUCACCUGUGGAUCAACGGAACACCCGUGACGUUAGAAGGCACAGAGCGAUCGUCAUCUUCGCAGUGGUCGCUCAACUUCCAGCUCUCUGUGGUGGAGAUGGAAGUUGCCGAGUGCCUUUUCAACCGUCGAUCGAACGUGGAAGGGGAGAGCCUAUCGCUACAAGAUGCCGACAUCACCGACAUCCUUGCCUUCUUCGAAAGUGAUGACAAAAAAAAGAAGCCAUCGGAGGCAGAGCCCUUUCUGAGGCUAAAGUACGAGUACCCAAAGAAAUCUGCACAGAAUCGGACGGGCAGGGAGCAGACGACGAGCAUCAGUGUAGAGCUGCUGCCGGUGCAGAUCGAAUUGGACAGGUCGUUGGAAGACCGCAUCCACGCACUGCUCUACCCUCCUCGGCAGUUUUCUUCCGGGGACGAGAAGAAAAACGACAUCUGGAGCAUGUCAGUCAAUCAAGACAACCAGGGCUCUGGUCUGGCGUCAGAGAGGACCAGUGUCGCCAUACGGAGCCCUUUCGUCAAAGCCAACCUUAGGUUUCCCAUUCCAGAUGUCCGGCCGCUUCACGAAGUUCUCCGGGAAGCCUGGUGGGAGAAGAACCUGAGGCCGGACAUUCUGUCAGUGGAGCUGUCGGAGCCGACGUUGUCCACUACAUUCGUUGCCGACAACAACGAAGACCUCAAGCUCGUGAUAGUCUGCAGGAGGCUAAUUGCGAACAACUUCAAGGCGCUUCUCUUGGCGAGGAGCGUCAACGAACAACGAGAUGGGUCGCCCGCCGAUGCCGCCGACGCAAGCCUGACGGCCUCGCCAGCCUGCGAUGCUCCCAAACGUGACGCAUCGCCGGCACAUCCAUCACCCGAACGCGCAGACGAACUUUGCGAACAUCGAGACUGCGCGACCUCCAUCUCCGCCGACAGCGAAGGAAUCGCCGAGGCGCCCGAGAGAGUCGACGGGGAGUUAGGCCUAGCGGGCCCGCCGGUCACCGACGCUUCGCUAAGCAGCGGCCGCGUCCGCCGUGAUACAACCUUACUAACGCAAUCGGAGCUGCAGGUAAGGCGCACAAAGGCCGAUGCAAGGCUGCAGAAACUGGCAUCGACCGCCGCGUCGAAGAGAAAACUUGAGUUUUUGUGGAACGACGCACCGGCCGGCGCCGCUCCCGCGGAGCCAAACGAAGAGGCAAGUUUUUUGAUCGCCGAUCUUGGCUGCUUCGGUAAACUGUUAGAUGCCAUGAAAUGUAAAAUCUGCAACGGAAGCGUCAGCAUCUACAGACAGGACAGACAAUACGGCCUUGCCGUGAAAAUGUGUGCGCGUUGCGUGAACUGCGGCGACAUCGCGCAAGCAUGGAGCUCUCCGCGAGUGGAUGAAGCACAGAAAGUAAACUCGUUCGCCGUCAACAUUCUCGCCGCUCGAGCCAUGCAGGCCACUGGGAACCGUCAAGCAGCUAUGAAUGAUAUAUUUUCGACAAUGAACAUAUCCCAUCGCGGACUUCACAAUAAAACGUGGCAAGGAUAUGUGAAGCGGAAAUUGACUCCUGCAGCUAAUCGCGCGGCCGAAAAAGUCAUGGGCGAGUGCGCGAGUGCAGUUCGUAAGCUUUACAAGGAGCUGCAUAUUGACAAUGCCGACAGUAUUGCAGUCUCGUACGACGGCUCCUGGAUGACGCGCGGGCACUCGUCCCACAUAGGCGUGGGGGCAGUGAUCGAGCUCUUCACUGGUCUAGUGCUCGACUAUGUUGUUCUGAGCAACUUCUGUGCCGGAUGCAAGCGCGGACCGAAGGCAGACGACCCGGCAUAUCAGGCUUGGCAGGACAGCCACGUGUGCCAAAAAAAUACUACAAAAAAAGCUGGCGAAAUGGAAGUUGAGGCAGCUGUGCACCUCUUUGAGAGGUCCAUAAAAAAAAAUGGCCUCAAGUACACUACAAUCCUGUCAGAUGGUGACAGCCGCACCUUUCUCGCUUUGCAAAAAGCAGAUGUCUAUGGCUUCAUCAAAGUCCAAAAAGAGGACUGUGUCAAUCACGUCCAAAAGCGUAUGGGCACUGCCCUACGCAAUUUAGUAGCAAGGCACAAAGGAGGUGCCUCUGAAACCCUUGGAGGAAGGGGAAGGCUCACCGGGGACCUCAUCACGAAGUUGAGCUCCUAUUACGGCUGGGCGCUCAAAUCUCACAAAGGAGAUGUUGAGGACAUGCACAGAGCUGUGAUGGCGACUUACUAUCACAUCACUUCUAAUGAUAGUGAGUCAAACCACAGCCUGUGUCCCACAGGCCCAGACUCUUGGUGCCGGCAAAAUGCAGCUGCUGCCAAAGGGGAGCCCACUCCGAGGCACCAUUACAAUUUGCCACAACAUGUGUGCAAGGCUCUUCUUCCAGUUUAUGAGCGCCUGUCAGAAAAAGGGCUUCUAGAAAGGUGUCAAAGGGGUAAAACCCAGAAUAGUAAUGAAAGCCUUCAUUCCGUGAUCUGGGCUUUGGCACCUAAGCAGCGCCAUGCUUCACUGUUUGCGGUUGAAGCUGCAGUUGCCGAGGCAGUGAUGAAAUUCAACUGUGGCAACUUGAGAACAUCAACAGGAAUCCUCGAUGAGCUCAAUCUCAACGCCACCCUCCCAAGCAUCAGACGGAUGACUGAGAAGGACAGGCGUCGAGUGGCCGACUCGAACCGCAAGCGUGCCUCUAGUGAGAAGGUCCAGCAAGCACUAAAGAAGCGCCACCGCAGUGCUAAGCACCAGUCUGACUAUGUUCCUGUGUUUUAUAAGGAGUCCCAGCUUGCGAAGCCAGUGCCAUUUGGAAGGGUGUUUCGAGACCCCACUGUCAAAGAGGAGGGCUUUGACUUGCCAAGCCUGGAGAUCUCCAUCAGUCCAAGCAACGAACCUUCGCCGCUGGAGACGGAACUAUGUGAGGAGAGCAUGAUGCCAUCCGUGAUGUACGAGACCCUGCGGAUGCCUCCACAGAAUGCUCCGGACUGCCCCUUCACCGUUCACUGUCUCUGCUAUGAGUCCGAACGAGAUUAGCCCACCGCGACGACAUGGCUACAAGAGCAGGGGACCCAAGAAGGCGCAAAGAGUGACAAGAUGGUGCAGCCCAGUGACAAAGCGACACUGCGCACAUUCAUCGACAAGACGGCGAGCAACUGCCGGGUCCAGCUGGAGUUUCUGCUGCCCUCGGUGGAACUGACCAUGCCUGACAAGCAGUUCUACGAAAUCAUCUACAACAGGCUUACCAUGGACUUGGUACUAUGGGAGCCAGUCAUCUCUAGGAUCGUGGCAAGCGGCGACUGCUCAAUCAUUGCCUCCAGUGGUGACGCGGCUUCGUUCUACGCCGACAUACGUGCCCCCUGCCAGCUUGUCCAGCAAAGCCAGGAGUUCUACAUGUGUCGGUCGGGAAACAUGCAAGAGUCCGACAAUGAGUCCGAUGACACACCGUUGAUGUUUCACUCGGUGUUGGAAAACCAGAGGCGGUCAACGAUGAUUCGCCCUGACCGUUCCCAUCACCAGACGAGGGUCGUCCCCUGUCAGAGUUGGCAGACACAGCUCGUCAUCAACGUUCACAUCACUAAUGGAACUGCCACGCUCAGGACACCGCUGCGGGAUUCGGACGGAAACAUCAUGUCCAAGUACCAUGGUCACUUGCGUGUCUCUGUCAAGGAUGCGCAACUGUUUGUGAGCAGCAGUCACCGAGGUGACCCAGAUGUCAACUACGUCAUCUUCAACGCAGGCACGGCCAGCCUUCAACACCACGGGCAAGUGUGCUCCGUUUGGGACCGAGCGACACCGCUGCCCGUCCUGUACAAGUCCGGCGACGGCGUGACAUCCACGAAGGCACCUUCCUUCGUGGUCUCCGAGCCCGAAGUUGCAGACAUGCUCUCGCUAGUAAUUGAAACCAAUGCGGACCAUUCGCAAGGCGUGAAGACAAUCAAGGUAGCAUUGGGGGUGAGCGACACCACCCUGAGACACCGAAUGACACCAUUUAGACGCAGCUGGGUCAAGCAGUUUGUCGACUUUUUCGACGUGAUCGACGAAGAAGUUCUUGGCUACCAGCCGCUCGGCGUGGUCACAGAGUUUCACCUGACCCUCUCCAACUGUGCCAUCGACUACAGGCCCCUGUCUCUGCCUUACCAGACACUUGUGUCGAUGGAGAGCUUCAGUAUAUCAAGCAACAUCACUGCCAACACCACCACAUCACAGCUCAGAAUCAUCGCCGAGGAGGUGUUCCUCUACAUAUCUGACAAGGUGUCCAAGGAUGACCCACCCGACCUGUCUGAUGGUUAUGUCUGUGUUGCGGACACUGACUUGUUUGAUAUCUCCGCCCGCACGACGGACGUGCCAGGGCAGCGUGUGUCUACCAUCAAGAUGAAGGCCUCGAAUAACAUAACGAACUUGAGGACGUGCGUGGACUCCUGCCAGGCACUGCAGGCUCUGGUGACGUACCUCGCGAGUGAUGGAGACCUCGCCAGUGACCCGAGCCCACCACCAGAGCCCAGCUCCUGUGGUGGUGGCGGCUCCGGAACUGUCCUUGUCGAGCAUCUCGGCAGUGUCACCGGCAUGAUGGCAGACCACUUGCAGAGCCUCGUGGCUUCAGCCAUGCACGAGUCGUGCAGCUCCUCCUCAUCUUCAAGCUCCGAAGAGGAGGAUGAAGACAGCGACGAGUCGUUCCAAGAUGCCAGGGGUGGCUACAAGUACACCCACUACGUCGACAACAUGCGGAACAAACGCCAUGUCGCAGACCUUAGGCUGGAGGCGCAUGAAAAUGAAGCCGACGGCGUCGCCUCAUCGCAGAGCCGUGCGGAGUGCCACAUAUCAUCAACAGUUGACUCGUCGUAUUCCGACGAGGAGUUUUGCAUUCUGGAAGACUACCCUGGUGUGGGCAUCAUGCCUCGCAGCGGUGAGCCCCAGAUUCGCAUGCUAGUCACUGAGCCGAUCGAGGUGAGGGAGAACUACUUCUCCUCGGCGGCCCGCAACACGGACCAACUCCGAGCCCCGCGCAACUUUCCCGAAGCCAUGCAGAAGUACACGCUACGGGAGAUGACGCUAGUCUGGUACAUGUACGGUGGCUGCGACUUCGAGAGCAGUAUUACUCCAAAUGCACCAAGGCCUCCUGAGAAAAGCAGCGGUCAGUGGGACGAUGGAACGGAAGAAUGCUACGCAAACGUUGUUCUGGAGCCCCUUGUCGGCAACGUGAGCUACAGCAGGGAUGGCCUGUCGGCAGUCGAGAUGCUGCCGUUCAAGCCGCAGUCUCCGCCGCAGACUCCCCGGCAUCGAAGGGCUCACAAGGGUGGCCCCGGCAGGCGGGACGACGUGCUCAUGGAACUGCACAUGAACAAGAUACGAUUUCAGCAUGAAGUAUAUCCGGAGGACACGUACUACGCCUCACGACAGGUGCUGCUCAUCCAGGACGUCGAAGUCCGGGAUCGGCUGGCUUCAUCGCGGAUCAACAAGUUUCUUUACCAGUAUGCCUCGGAGGCCAAGCCGAGGCAGUCUCAUGCCAACAUGGUCAGUGUGAAGUGUGUCCGUGUCAGGCCCGACCUCAAGGCUCCGUCAGCCGAGGAGUGCCAAAUAAGGGUGUCCGUGAAGCCUGUGAAAAUCAAUGCAGACCAGGAUGCUGUGCUUUUCCUGGUCCAGUUCUUUACGGGCUUGUGUGCAGAGCCACCGACCUCUCCAUCCUCGCCGCGACCAGAGUCUCCCGAGUUUGCAACAUUGAAAGCUGGGCCUGCUGUUGCAGCCAGCAGCCAGGCAUCUGCCGACCCUGGCCGACACGUCGCCUUUGCAACUGACGACCCGUGCCCACCCGAGCGCAUCAUUUCGCCAGCUGGCUCAACGUCCAACUCAACCCCAAUGCCACUGUACAUAAGGUCGUUUGUGUUCACACCGGACGUCCCAAUUCGGAUAGACUACCACGGCAAGAGGGUAGCCAUGGAACAGGGAGCACUGGCAGGCCUGUUGAUGGGCCUUGGUCAACUGAACUGCCUUGAGAUCACCCUGAAAAAGCUACAAACGAGGCAGGGUUUGCUGGGUUUCGACAAGCUGCUUGCUUUUGCGCUCAACGAAUGGCUCAACGACAUCAAGAAGAACCAAGUGCCAAGCGUGCUCGGCGGAGUUGGGCCCAUGCAUUCAUUUGUGCAACUCUUCAGUGGCCUGCGGGACCUGGUGUGGAUGCCCGUGGAACAGUACCGGCGGGACGGCCGCAUCGUGCGGGGCCUGCAGCGUGGAGCCAACUCCUUCACCAUCUCGACAGCCAUGGCCUGCCUCGAGCUGACCAAUAAGCUCGUCCAGACCGUGCAGGGUGUCGCCGAGCUGGCGUACGACAUGCUGUCACCAGGUCCUAGCAUGCACAUAGAGGCUCAGAACCGACGCCACCGUGCCAUCCCCAACAAACUUCCUGUCGACAUUCGAGACGGCGUCAACAAUGCCUACCAAGUGGUUGCCGAGGGAUUGGGAGACACGGCCCGAACGUUAGUGAAGGCGGCCUCGCAGGAGCACCGCCAGAAGGGAGUCAGUGGGGCUGUGGGGGGUCUGCUGCGCCAGCUGCCGCCCUCCAUGGCCGCCGGCAUCAUCGUCGCCACCGAGGCGACCUCGACGGUGCUGGGUGGCGUGCGCAACCAGAUUCAGCCCGACGCGCGGCGCGAGGACAUUCAGAAGUGGCGGCAACGUCAGCCACCCAAGUCGACGGGAGCCACGUCCACGACGUCGGCUUUGGCGCUAGCUGCCGCAUCAAGAUAGGAAUUGCAGCCAAAGGCAAGCAGUUGUCGGGACGACGCAUUCUCUCAGCGACACGAGGAGCCUGUAAAUACGUCGCGCCUUCCUCGUCGAUCACCGCCUUUUGAUAAUGGCGCCUGCGCCCCUCCCUGUCCCGCUUUUUUAAUAUAAUGUUUCAAUUGUUUUUAAAAGCUCUCUCUGUACAUCCCCUUAAACGCCUCGUGCGAAGCGAGAAGUUUGCAAUCGUGAGACGAAAGAGAAAUGAAAGCCAUGCUCAGACUAGUUAUGUCCGAAGCUUCGUUCUUAUUACUUCGCUGAAUGUGAGCGUGUGUGUAUGGCCCACAUGCAAGUUCCGUGAGGUUGCAUGCAACGUGGUGCUCGUUGGUUUACGCCUGAUUGUUUACUGGGAAUGCAAAAGCAAAAGUAUCAGUGAGGAAUUUCGGAGGCCGUGCUCGGAGCCGGUUUCUUUUGACGAUGCUUGACACGGCGCUCGCUGGUCAUUUCAAUGCCUUCGGCCUCAAACUACGCUCUCUCGUUUGCUGGCUUUGUGAUGAUGUCAAUGAAUUCAACUACGCCUCUGUAACGCCUCCAGGCAUCAUUUUACAAUGCCCGAGGGCACCGUUGCGCUUUCGAGGUUGCAUGCAAUUCGUGAGGCAGUUCGUGAAGCUAAUCAGCUCAAGGUGCAGAGUUUGCCUUCUGUUCCGGUGAUAGUUCUUUCGCGUGGUCGCCUCGCACGAGUGAUUCGGUCACUACGAUGGCUUUAGUGAUACAGAAAUGUGCUUCAAUGAACACCGGUACUCUUGCAAAGGAAAGUGCUGCCAGUGCGAAAGGCAAGAGAUCGCUAGCAACACUGCACAGAAGGAGGUUAGCUCAUUGCACGGUAACUCCCGGUGUUGUUUUGUUUGAAGAGCAGCAAACGCCUCUAUUUGAGUCCUGCAGUUGAGGCUGGUCUUGGAAUUAAUCACUAGCGAGCUUACAUUUACAGCAAAGUUUUGUUAAUUUGACGCCAAUUAGACCUAUGUAAUCAGUCUAAUUAAGCAGUGCAUGUCUUAAUCUACUAACUCUGCCGAACUUACUGUGAAGUUUUAAAAAUUAGAAGCAUGACUGGAGUCGGAUCGAUGGAAGUCCGCCGUAUUUUGAUCUCUGUGUGUGGCCACAGUUUAGGGGGCUUGAUUGGUGGACGGUAUGCCGUUCUUUAACUAGCUUUUACUAUAUUUUUUACUUGAAAGGGACCUUGUAUUGGCUCUUGAAAGUGUAAGGGAUGGCUAGAGCUGUUCGAACGAUACGUCGCUGCAGGCAUCAUUUGAUACUGAACUAGUAAUCUGAAACCAUUUUUUAACUCUUAGUCUCAGUAGAGCUACAACUUACUUAGAAUAAGUGUUCAGUCGUUGAUCGGCAUGACAAAAAAUGAAAAACGAAUGAAUUUUUCUAGGUGAAUUGAGAUUUCACGUUGCUAUGCAAUUUCAUCAGACAAUAUUACUCUAACAUUUAUUGAGUCUGUUAUUCUAACAUUACUUGCGAGAACCACUUCAAGUUUCUUUUGAAGAACUUACUGCCCUUAAUUAUUGAACACACAAGCGUGAGAAGCCUAAUACAUGGACUGUUUUUUUUUCUCUUCCCCCUCUUGUAGUCUGAGCAUGACUUAGGUUGGAUUGUAAAUAAAAGCUAUGAAAUUGUGAACCUAAAA